AUGAGAACACUAAAAAGGUUGAGAACGCGAGAACAAAUUUGGACCAUUUCAAUACUUAAAUCUAAGAGUUUCAUAAAACUCACGCCAUCAUCGAUCUGGGCAUCACCUACAACCCACCACGAAGAUCUGUUCCCAUCAUCAUUGGUCUCGGUAGGUGCAGCAAGGGCUGCUCAAGCAGUUUUUGGCUGCUUCUCCUUCGAUUGUGGUAGCAUAUGCGAAGGGGAGGAGAACAAUUGGCCCGAUGGAGCAAGGCAAGCGGAAACAAAAACUCCCGAUCAAAGAAAGGCGAUGAACUUUGCACAUAAGGUGCUUGAUAAAAUGUAUGUGAGAGCAUUUUCGACUGGAAUGAUGGAAGGGGUCUCGAUGGGGCAAUUGCUUCGAUCGUUUUAUGAACCACAAGAUCUUAUCUUCAAAACGUCUACUCAAAGCCACAAGGUUUCUGCUAUUUUGGUGUUCGGAGACUUCACUUCUGAUCCUGAAAACAACAACUACAUUCUGAACCCUUUCAGGGGUAAUUUCCCACCUUAUGGGAGAGAUUUUGCAAACCAAAAAGCGACAGUGAGGUGUACCAAUGGAAAGAAACACAAUCCUAAUUUUCGAAUUUUUUGGUAA